CCUCACCCCGACAGGGCACUAGGGGAGUGGGUUUCAAAGUGUGGCUCUUGGACCAUCAGCAUCCCCAAAGAUCUUGUUAGAAAUGCAUAUUCUGUGGCUACAUCCCAUACUACUUAAUCAGAAACUGAGUUGGGGCCCAGCAAUCUGUUUAACAGCUUUCCAGGUUUUGAUGCUCAUCUGAGACCCACAUCCUGGGGAUUGGAUGGUUACCAGGCAAGAGGUCUAGCUGUCCACACAGGGCAGUUUUUUGUUUUAAACCCAUUCAUACUGUGCUUGAUGAGCCAUUUAAGUUGGUUUUUGAAGGUUAUCCAGACUCUUAUGCAAUUUCCUCCUUCAGACUAACUGUAGACUUCACUAGUUCUCCUAGAGCUACUCCCUUCCCCCCAACCACAUUCUCCAGUGUAGAUAGUCUCUCUGUGACAUCACCAUGCCUCAAGUCACAAUCCCGCCCCCAUAUACAUCACACUCUGAGUCGCGAUGGGUGACUGGAAAGGCUACAUCAGUGCGGUGCUGCGGGACCAGCGUAUAGAUGACGUGGCCAUCGUGUGCCACUCGGACAGUCGCUGCGUGUGGGCGUCACGACCUGGGGGCCUGCUGGCGGCUAUCUCACCUCAGGAGGUGGGUGUGCUCACAGGGCCUGACAGGCGCACCUUUCUGCAGACGGGCCUGAGCGUGGCAGGUCGCCGCUGCUGCGUCAUCCGCGAUCACUUGCUGUUGGAGGGCGACGGAGUGCUGGACGCGCACACCAAGGGGCUGGACAGGCGUGCAGUCUGCGUGGGCCACACGCCACGUGUGCUGCUUGUGCUCAUGGGCCGACAGGGUGUGCAUGGGGGCAUCCUCAACAAGACUGUGCACAAGCUUAUCCACGGGCUAUGCAUGCAGGGCACAUAGCAGGACAGCCAGGCUGCCUGGGGCAGGGCCAAAAUAAACUCUGUACCUGGGUUUGACCGGCUCAUCUUAGGGCUGUGUGGAGGGAGUUGCAGAUGAGGAAACUGGUUUACCUUAAGAUUCUUGCAGAAGGGUUAUAUGGUAAGGCUAGGAUACAGACACAUCCCAGCCUCCUGUGCCCUACACCUGGCCCUCCCAUCCAUGUGUGCCUUGCAGAGGCCUCUGGCCUGACUCGCCAGGCCGUAGUCAAUGGGUCUAGGCACCUUCUCAGUGUCCUAAGGACACUGCAGCUGAGGAAGAGUCCCAGGGAGUGGCCUUCUCAAACUCUCUAGCUCAGGCCUUAACACACUUUCUCAAAAAAUUUUGCACAGUUCUGUGCAGAACCAACUGUAAAGGGAACCCCUUCCUACCCUUUUACACCCCUCCCCAGACACACAGGAGCUAGGAUCUGUGGCAUCAGGGAGUCAGGCGGGAGGUUGGUUCUUUUUCACCCACUCCAGUUGGCAUGAGGAAGCACCAGCAAGGGUGGUAAGCAGGUGGAGUGGGGCUGGUAGCUUGGAGAGCCUCUCUGGGGCUCUCAGGCCCAUGUAUCUCCACCAGCAUAUCUCAGAGGGGAUGGUAGGGGGACACAUGUCCAAGACCAUCUCAACCAGGCUGGGGCCCUAGAGCCUUCCUGCCCCCUUGGGGCCCAAAGGUCACAGAGAACUCCCUGAACUAGAGGGAGGAACUUUGGCAUCCCCCACCCCUUGACCCUCACCCUGCAGGCCUCAGCUCCAGGGACCCUAUGGGGAGGAGGAAUUGAAAGUUUAGGUGGGUUUAAAUGAGGCCUGGUUAUUGUCCAAAGGUAGAGGACAAAAGUGGGAGGAGGGUGGCUAGUCAUCCAGGACAUGACCUCUCUUAUUCAUUUCUACCCUCCCUGUCCCCAUUCCCUGCCCUAGUGUCACCCACAAGUCCCCACCUGUCACUUAUUUUCUGGAGCACUGAUCGUAUCCCAGAAAGAGGGAGAGAGUGAGGAAGUGAGGUGAGUCCAGAGGCAGGGAGAGAUCACAGGUCAGCCUGUUGAGGUCUGGGGAUGGAGGUGCAGAGAGCCCUCCUUGCAACUUAGCUUGGGGGUGGCCCCAGUCCCCAGGGGCUAGCUUCCAGGGAGUCUGAAUCAGGGAUUGAACUCAUUAAAGCAGG